AUCAAGACAUCAACAAUUUAAUUCAAUAUAAAAAAAAAAUAAAAAAUUGUUGCUUCAGAUCUCUCCUUCUCGUUGGUUAGUGAGUCAGGGUUUCAUCUUCUCCUUCUCUUACUACCCCAUUCCUCUUCAAAUAAUAAUAUAUACUUCCACUCUCACUCUCUCUCUCACACACAUUCCUAUACUUAUAAUACUCUGUAUCUAUAGGUUGAUCCAUCAAUAUGUUCUUGAAUCUGUUAUGAAUCUUCUUCAUUUUCAUCUCCUUUAAAUUUCAAUUUCAAUUUCAGUUUGAAUUCCUUUGCCACGAAUCCAAAAAAUGGCGGUUUCUGGACCUUUAACACCUGGCCAGGUGUCGUUUUUGCUUGGAAUCAUUCCUAUUUUUGUUGCUUGGAUAUACUCCGAGUGGCUGGAAUACCAAAAAUCGUCAUCCGCAUCUAAACUUCACUCAGACAACAAUUUGGUUGAAUUGGAAACCAAAACAAAGGAGGAAGAUGACCGAGCUCUUUUACUGGAAGGGGGCCUUACAAAAUCAGCAUCAUUGAAGCAGCCUACUGCGUCCAUUAAAGCGAACUUAAUUAGAUUUGUGACAAUGGAAGAUUCUUUUUUGCUUGAGAAUCGGGCAACCCUGAGGGCAAUGUCAGAAUUUGGAGGAAUAUUGUUCUAUUUCUACAUAUGUGACCGCACCAGUUUAAUUGCAGAAUCUACCAAGAGCUACAAUCGCGAUCUUUUCCUGUUCCUGUAUGCUCUUCUUAUCAUUGUUUCAGCAAUGACUUCUCUAAAGAAACAUAGUGACAAGUCAGCCUUCUCUGGAAAAUCGAUACUCUACCUCAAUCGACAUCAAACAGAAGAGUGGAAAGGAUGGAUGCAGGUUCUCUUUUUGAUGUAUCACUACUUUGCUGCUACGGAGAUAUAUAAUGCUAUUCGUGUGUUUAUUGCUGCGUAUGUCUGGAUGACUGGCUUUGGAAAUUUCUCGUACUACUACAUCCGUAAAGAUUUCAGUAUUGCACGCUUUGCUCAGAUGAUGUGGAGGCUAAACUUUUUUGUUGCCUUUUGUUGUAUUGUUCUUGACAAUGAUUAUAUGCUCUACUACAUUUGUCCCAUGCACACGCUAUUUACCCUUAUGGUAUAUGGAGCACUUGCGAUAGGCAGCAAGUAUAAUGAGAUAAGAUCAGUGAUGAUAACAAAAAUUGUUGCAUGCUUCCUCGUGGUCAUCUUGGUUUGGGAAAUUCCCGGAGUUUUUGAAGUCAUUUGGAGUCCUUUGACGUUCUUAUUAGGUUACACAGAUCCUGCCAAACCUGAUCUCCCCCGAUUGCAUGAGUGGCAUUUCAGAUCUGGGCUUGAUCGUUAUAUAUGGGUAAUUGGGAUGAUAUAUGCAUAUCUUCAUCCCAAUGUUGAAAAGUGGAUGGAAAAACUUGAGGAGUCUGAUAGUAAGAGGAGACGUUCUGUUAAAGCCACUGUUGUUUCAGUAUCUGUGUUGGCUGGAUAUCUGUGGUAUGAAUAUAUAUACAAGUUGGACAAGGUUACUUACAACAAAUAUCAUCCUUAUACAUCGUGGAUACCUAUAACUGUGUAUAUUUGCUUGCGGAACUUCACUCAACAUCUUCGGAAUUUCUCGCUAACCCUCUUUGCGUGGCUUGGUAAGAUCACCUUGGAGACAUACAUUUCCCAGUUUCAUAUCUGGUUAAGAUCAGAUAUUCCCAAUGGUCAGCCAAAGUGGCUUCUGUCUUUUAUCCCAAAUUAUCCUAUGCUGAAUUUCAUGCUUACUACCGCAGCUUAUGUUUUGAUAUCUUGCCGGCUCUUUGAACUAACAAACACCCUCAAGUCGGUUUUUAUACCCACUAAAAAUGACCGACAACUUCUUUAUAAUUUCCUUGCUGGAGCAGCAAUCUCCAUGUGUUUGUACUUAAUUGCUUUCAUUGUUGUUCAGAUUCCUCAGUGACCGGCAUGAUGAAGUUGUAGAUACAUCAAAGAUUCUUAGAUGAUACAUCCUAUUGGACUGGGAUAUACAUGAAGCAUACAUACAUACAUAGAUCAAGUUAAAAAAAAAAAAGAAUUAAAGUAUACAUCUUCAUUACCAAUUUACAAGGAUAACGAACCACUGUUUCUCUAGCUCUGCCAAAAGAUCGUCGUGAUAUGAAAGCCAUUUGUUGUAGUUUUGUAAUUAACCUUUUGAGAAUGUCAACCCAUCCCUGUUCCAAACUGAAACAUGUAAAACAUGUGUGAUCUAGAUUCAUGGUUAAGCUCUUGAAAUUCUAAAUCAUUAGUACUUGUUUUCCUAUUUUUGUAGUUAUCUUCUUUUUUCUUCUGUUUUUACCAUUUAGGUAGUCAUUUAAUAAAAUGGAAUGGAUCUUAAAGGACA